UAGCAGGGUGGAAGUUGAGUCCUAUGGUUGGAGCCAUGUACAGCCCUGAACUCUAUACAGUACCAGGGUUCCCAUACCCAGCAGCAGCAGCCGCAGCAGCUGCCUCCACCGCAGCGACCUUCCGAGGCGCUCACCUGCGCGGCCGCGCCCGGCCCGUCUACAGUGCGGUCCGGGCGGCUGUGCCUCAGCCCGCCAUCCCCACCUACCCUGGUGUGAUGGCCUAUCAGGAUGGCUUUUACGGUGCAGCUGAUCUCUAUGGGGGCUAUGCUGCGUAUCGAUAUGCCCAGCCGACUGCGGUAGCAAAUCCGGCAGCAGCGGCGGCGGCUGCAGCAGCAGCUUACAGUGACAGCUACGGACGAGUUUACACAGCAGACCCUUACCAUGCUGCGCUCAACCCAGCGGCCUAUGGCGUGGGAGCAAUGGUAAGUUCCCUCAGCCCAUAUCAGGCCGCGCUGUACAGGGGAGGAUACAGUAGAUUUGCCCCUUACUAAAGACACUACAUUUCCCAGGAGCUCCUCUCUUCCAUUGAUUUUCUCUGAAAGAGCUCCCUCUGUUGUCGUGGAGAUGGACUGCACCCAGUUUUAAAGUGUGGUGUCGACCACAACAAGAUAUUUCAGAUCCCACCCCAGAGCAGUCCCAAGUUUUCUUAUAUACGCUACUACAGAAAUAGAGGAAUGCUGUAUUAAAGACUGAUGGAUGGCCUUUAUAUUUAAAAAAAACAAAGAAGAAAAAAAGACAAUAAAUGGCCACCUUCCCUAUUGCACGGCUGUAUUAUAGUCUCCCCUUCUUAAUCCCUCGGCACUCAGCAGCACAAGACUCGUGAUGGAGCCCAGAUGUUCUUCCAAAGGCUGAAGGUGGAUAACUAAACAGCUGACAACCAAGUAUGAAAAAGAGCUGAGUGCUGUGUGGCCUGCACACACUCAACAUUAAAGGAGAAAGAGAGGGAAUCAAAGUGUCCACGAAAUGUCAGAGCGUUAGAAAGCAGGAAGUUGCCUCAAAAGAGAACCGGAAAAAAACAUUUUGAAACAGAAAGAAGAGUCACUAAAAUGAUAAAAACACCCACUGAUGGAUUUGUAUAAUUCCUCUUUAAGGUGGGCGGAUAGUAGUGAGAGAGGAUUUCCAUUCUCGCUGUGUUCUGGUAGAGGAGACUGAACAUGGCGGCUUGGAGGAAUGAUGUGUGACGGUUAAUAACGCUACAGAAAUCACGUCCGAAGGCUGAAAGGAGGGAGGGUUAUUAGAGCUGUUCCUUACCUCAAGUUUUCUUAGUAUGUGGAAAUGGUGAACCUUUAAACUUAAAAUUGUUAUGAUAUGCAAAGAAAUUAGUUUAGAGAAAAAAGUUACCAAAUUAUUAUUAUUGUAAUUAUUCUCAUUAUUAUUCUUAUAAAACCAUUAUUUUUGUUUGACUCAGCACACCCUGCUGAUGUAGAACAUGUAGAUCCAACAGUGAACCUUGGGGUUAAGACUGAAAAUAAACAACAAUAUAACAAAUAUUUCACCUUUCUGACUAUUUCACACAAAUAUAGUCUCACAUCAUAUUUUCCAUUCACAGGAUUUCACUACACUCUGUGCAGCCACCACUAAAACACUACAAAAAGUGCAACCCUAAAGCAUCGUCGUAUUUCAUUGAUUUUUAGCUUUAGAUCCAACAAAACCAUCCACCCACAACCCUGAGGUUCAAGCAUUUGUUGAUCCUUUAAUGUAGAGAUUUAUUAUUUGGAUUUUCCCCUCAUGCUCCAUCUUUUAUAGAGCAAAGUCCAACAUUGAAUGAGUCUUCCUGAAACAUACUUUAGUAGGUAAAUGUGUUCGAGAUGCUGCCAGCAGCGAUUACUGAGCAAGAGAGAGAUUGUGUCGGUGAGUUCAUAGAAAAUAUUUAAAUGCAAAACACCUUACUAUUGUGCAUAUUUCUAUACCGUUGUAUUCUAUAUUUCCAGAGCGUGGCUCUUUUUUUGGCUUUUGUUUUUGUUCCAAAGAUUUGUAGAAAGCACAUUUUUCUGCCGUAUGUAUAAAUAUAUUAUCUUUGUUAUUAUCAUAAUCCUAUGGCUGUCUUUAUUUACUUCUUUUUCAUAUUUUGUUUGUCUUUUUUUUUAUUAUAGAGUGGCGAAGUCAUGCCCAUCUACUUCCGG